AUGUUGUCUUCAGCGCGCUCAGCUGACGUGUUGUUCGUCGUGUGUGUUAUACAUGUUGCAGCUCUGUCCGGUGCCGCCGCAGUGUCGGCUCCAGUUCCGCCUGAACCUGUGGCGCUGUCACAGUUUACCCCGACAGCUGCUGUUGCAGCCUCAGCUCCGGCAGGCACCAAUGUCGCGGCUGGUGGAACGCUUACAACGGCAGACCUACAACGCGCAAUGGCUUCUUUCCAAGGGCUCACGCAACCGAAGCCGGUAUCCCUGACGAAGCUCCUCAGUGCUGACAACAUGGAGAGUGUUCUUGAUGAUCCAGCAUGCGUCGACGCCUUGCUACCACACUUGCCCGAGGGUUCCCAAACUCUCGCGGAACUUCGCACAACGUUGCGCUCUCCUCAAUUGCGUCAAAGCAUCGGCUCGCUCGUGAGUGCUCUGCGGAGCGGAAAUUCGGACGCGGUCAUGGCAAAUUUUGGACUGGAUCCUGCGGCAGGUGCUGCAAAACUCGCAUUCGGCGACGGCGUGGGUGCAUUGCUUGCUGCAGUUCAGGCGUGGGCCGACCAGCAAAGCGCCACAGAGUCUUCUCAAGUUGUAAAUGAUCGGAGUGGGGCGGAAAAGUAA